AUGUCUGAACUUUUGGAGAAAUCAUUGGACGACAUAAUUGGUGAGCGUCCACCCCGUGAAAGACGACAACAGAAUGUCGCUGGCAGAAACAGCCGCAGACGAGAACGUGGCGGUGGCAGACAUGAAAGAGAGAGAUAUGAAAGAGACAGACGUGUUCCUCCUCACCACCGAGAUACCUACAGACCACCUCACAGAGCUAGCCAUAGAAGCAGCGGUAAUAGCGGUAUUCCUGAGGAGAUUGCAGCCAUGGCAGGCGACAGGCCAUUGCUUCGAGUGAAGAACAUUCAUUCUGAAUUGAAUGGACGGGAUCUUUCAGAGCUCUUUGGACUGAUUUCCCCGGUUGAAUUUGUCAAGUUUGAUCCUCAGAGGGAAACUGUGGCUUAUGUACUUUUUGAAGCCGACCAGAAGAAGAACAACAGUUUGGCCGUUGAGAAGUUUGAUGGUCGUCAAGCCAUGCGUAGGACGUUGAUAGUUGAGAACACUACUCUGUUGGCUGACAGAAUUGUUGCGCCGGAAAGAGACGUGAAUACGAUGCUGACAAUAGACGCAUCUACUCGUAUUGGUACUAGGGAACGGAAUAGGGGCCCCAGACGGAGAGAACGUCCUGUCAGGGCCAAGAAGCCAAAUCCUAACCCCAAAGUAAGAAGCAAACCUCCUACAGUUGAUGAUUUGGACGAACAAUUGAACGCGUAUAUGAACAGUAGAGAAGAUUCUAGUGCUACUGCCAAUGAAGGCCAGGAGAAAAUGGCUGUUGAUUAA